AUGUCAUUAUCAACAACCAACAAAUUUAAAAUUCUCAUUCUGGGAGGUUAUGGCGUUUUCGGACAAAGAUUAACUUCGGAAUUGAUGAAACCAUUUCAACAGCAUUUCUUAUCCAAGCAUCCAGACACUACUGCGAACCAACAACCAUCACAUGUGAACAAUGGGCCCAUCACAAAUUUUGAUAUUAUUAUUGGAGGAAGAAAUUUACAGCAUGCUCAAGAAUUUGCUCGUUCUUUGAAUACCAAAUCCAAGAAUCGAGAGGAUUUUAAUGCUUUUGCUUCUGGCAUAUCUGUUGACAUUCAAAAUGAACAAAAUUUCAAACAAACGUUACAGGAAUUGCAGCCAAACCUCGUCAUUCAUACCUGUGGACCAUUUCAGGGACAAGAUUAUCAUGUCGCUGAAGAAUGCAUUGAGAAUGGAAUUCAUUAUUUAGAUUUAGCAGAUUCCAGACUAUUUGUAUCUCAAUUUUCAAAACAUUUGAAUGAAAAAGCAUUGAAACACAAUGUUGUAGCCAUCUCUGGAGUAAGCACAGUUCCUGGACUUUCCUCCGCAGUGAUUAAGUAUUGUUCACGUGAAAACAAUGAAUUUGGUUUCAAAGAAAUUCACAACGUAGAAUGCAAUAAAAUCAAUGUGAUUGGAUGGCAGGGCUUAAAGAAAAUUCAAUUGAAAGGAACUUCAUCCACACGUCAUGUCUCUUAUUGUGACGUUCCUGAUAUUGAUCUCUUUCCAGAAUAUUUUCCUCAACUGAAAGAAUACAAGUUCAGAGCUGGAUUAGAAUUGGGAAUUUUUCAAUUUGGUUUGCUAGGAAUGUCGUAUUUAACACGAAUGGGAAUGGUGAAAAAUUGGGCAAAUUAUGCUCCAUACCUUAAAAGAAUUAGUGAAUGGUUUUAUAAUAUGGGGACAGAUUCUGGAGGAAUGCAAAUGAUAUUGAAAGGAAUUGAUCAUCAACACAAUUUGAAAAUUGUUCAAUACGAUUUAAUCGCACUGAAAGGAGAUGGACCACAAAUUCCUUCGACGCCAGCAGUCAUUCUAGCUAGAAAAAUUGCACAAAAUCAGUUGCAAAUAGGAGCUCAACCAUGUGUUGGACAAUUUACAUUGGACGAGUUGAUGGAAGCUUUGAAAGAGUUUAACAUUUCCCAUUCAUUUUCGAUUGUGAAGUAA